GAGUGAGAGAGAGCCGGAGAAAACAAGGAGAAAGAAACAGAGAGAGAGAGAGAGAGAGAGAGAGAGAGAGAAGAACUGGGGUGUUGCCGCCUCUGAGACACACUCACGCAUCACAGAGUAACAGCAGCAGGGUGAGAACAGAGCAUCCCUCAUCCAUCCUCUCUGGGAAAACAAGGCUGCUUUUUGAAUUAUUGAAGCCGCACAAAAACAAAACCCGUUACAUUAUUAAACAUAAUCGAAGCCGAGAUAUUGCGGAGAUAUACUGAAACCUCUUCGCCAGGAGAGCUCGGUGUGAAAGCAGAAGGACCGUUUCAGCACCUUGGACAGCGACAAUGGCUCUUAUGGUGGAGGACGGAGCUCAGCUCGUGGCAGUACCAGUAGGUGUAGCUGUGGUGAGUGUCUUUGGCCUUGUCUUCACUGUGUCAGCCUUUGCGUGGAUCUGUUGCCAGCGUAAAAACACAAAAUCCCAGAAGACACCUCCCUACAAGUUUGUUCACAUGCUCAAAGGGGUCGACAUCUACCCAGAGAGCCUCAGUGGCAAGAAGAAGUUUGCCGCACCUGCCACCACAACAACAAAUGACACCAGUAAAACUGACGUUAACGGAAACUGCCACACCGCGUCACCUAUGAGUCCGACUGGCACCGGCAAACUGGCAUCAAGUCCAAACGGUUCCAGACCGGCUCUGCAUCUAGAUCUGGAGAAACGGGAUCUGAAUGGCAACUUCACCACGAAACCAUUUCACCACCACCACCAGAAAGUCCGGAGCUCCCCAGACCUGGAGCUGCCAUCUCCUCAUGCAGGGUUCACCCAACCUGGGGUAACUGACCGCCGUGACCUCGCUUCACCAUCCAGCACCCUCUCCAGCCAGGCACCCACCCCGGCUGUGGACAAGCCCCAGGGAGAGGAGAGGGACAGUGGGUUAGGGACUCUCCACUUCUCCUUGGAGUACCAGCCGGAGAAGAAGGCAUUCAUUGUCCAUAUCAAGGAAGCCCAUGGCCUGACCCCAACUGAUGAACAGUCGCUGACCUCUGACCCCUACAUCAAGCUGACCCUGCUGCCAGAGAAAAAGCACCGGGUGAAGACCAGAGUCCUGAGGAAGACUCUCGACCCCGCCUUCGACGAGACCUUCAGCUUCUAUGGGAUCCCGCUGGCCCGAGUGUCAGAGUUGGCCCUUCACUUCAUGGUGCUGAGCUUUGACAGGUUCUCCCGCGACGAGGUCAUCGGGGAGACCCUCGUCCCCUUGUCCGGGAUUGACUUGUCAGAGGGGCGUGUCCUGAUGAGCCGAGAGAUCAUCAAGAGGAACUUCAAGAAGUCCUCAGGCCGAGGCGAGUUACUGCUGUCUCUGUGUUACCAGUCCACCACCAACACUCUGACUGUGGUCGUCCUCAAGGCUCGCCACCUGCCCAAGACUGAAAACAAUGGACCUUCAGAUCCAUACGUCAAGGUGAACAUGUACCAUGGAAAGAAGCGCGUGUGCAAGAAGAAGACCCACGUGAAGAAGUGCUCCCCCAACCCAGUCUUCAACGAGCUCUUUGUCUUUGAUUUGCCCUCUGACGAGGGCCUGAGGGACACCAGCGUGGAGCUGCUGCUGAUGGACUCAGACACAGGCAACUCGCGCAGCCCCAACACCGUCCUCGGGCGCCUGGUGCUGGGCACAUCGGCAGCGGGAACUCCCGGCGAGCACUGGAGGGAGAUCUGCGACCACCCGCGUCGCCAGAUCGCCAAGUGGCAUGCCAUGUCAGAGGAUUAGAAUGCCGGGGUGUUGGUGGAUUCUGACGUCCAUCCCAUAUGUGGUCAAACACAAGACGGAUGGAAUGAAGAUGGGCAGGAUUUAAUGUCCUGCCAACCAGUACUCAUUGGACUUUCAGUGAGGGUGGGAAAUGGGGUGGGGGGUGGUGGGGUGGGGUGGGGUGGGGUGGGGGACUUUGAUGUUGUGGGGAGGGUCAUUUGAAGUGAUGUCAUCAUUCAUUCAAUCAGUCAUUCAAUCACUUAUCUUUGAAGUUAUUGGGGUUCACUGGGGACGGCGGGGCCUGACAACCCCAUAGCUUUAAACGAUCCCAAAGACUGUCACUGAAAAUCACCUGGUAACAUGCAACAUCAUCUCCAUGGCAACAACCAAUUGUCACGGUAACCAUGUGCAGUGCAGAAUGUCUUAAAUGUCGCUAUUACUCUUCUUCUUUUCUUCCUUUGCUUCUUCUUCUUCCUCCUCUUCUUCAUCUUCUUCCUCUUCCUCUUCUUCUUCUUCUUCUUCUCUUUCUUCAGCUCUCCCUUCUAUAAAUAGUAACCUAGUCCAUCGUAUGAAAACCAGAAUGAACCACAUCUGACAAUGCUGUAAAAAAUGUGGAUUAUUAAAGUUUAUUUUAUAAUGACAAUGUUUUCUUCAUAAAGAUGUAGAUUGUUUUCAUUUAUGUUUUUGUUUUGUACUCCUCUGGUUGAUUUGUUGAACAUGUUUUGUAAGUAUAAGUGGUAUUUCAUAUCAUCACAAGAAAGCCUAAAUUAGGUGGUUUGAGAAAAGAAACUGAGACUGAGUGCACUGGGGACAGUAACUGGAUGCAUUAAUGUGUGUGUGUUUCGAUAUGAGAGUGCUUGUGCUGACGCGACUGUGUGAGUGUGUGGGUGUGUAUGUUAACUUUGAAGAAAUGUGAGCCACAUAAUGUUUACUGUAGGUGUUUUGUCCCCCUUACUGUGAGCACAAAGACAGCUGAAAUGUAAAUGUAUGUACCUUACUAUAAAAUAUGGCAAGUUCUGAGAAAAAAAACCAAAA